AUGGCCUCCGACACCUCCAGCCCGACUGGCUCCUUGGCACUGCCGGGACAGGAGAAGAGGCUGUGGGGGCCGAAGGGGACAGCAAGAGGGACUCCUCGCUGGCUCCGGUUCCUGCAGGAUGCGGCCAACGCUAAGUGCGGCUGUGGUCUCGGCUCGGAGCAGGGGGAGAUUGUGGGGCUCCUGGACGGGGCUGUCCGGCCACUGGUGCCGGAGAGCGUGGAGAGAAGCAGGCUGGAGGCUCUGCUGGGGACACUGGCCCUGAGUGAGGAGGAGAAGAGCCGUCCCUUCAACCUGGAGGAGUUUUAUGGGCGCGUGGGCCAUCAGCUGGACCUGGGCGAGAUGCUGGUCCGCUGCACGUUUGGCAAUGAGGAGUGCAACGGCAGCGACUUCCAGACGACCCUCUGGGCAUUCGCCUUCCUGGCCUCGCUCGCCUUCUUCCUCUACCAGGCAGCCAAGUCGGCACUGCUCUACCUGGAGCACCCCCACGUCAUGGCCCUGGACGAGGAGGCCAUCCGCGAGAUGGUCUUCCCCGCCAUCACCAUCUGCAACAUCAACCGCUACCGCCACUCGGCGCUCACCGACGCCGACAUCUUCCACUUGGCCAACAUGACCGGGCUCCCCCCCAAGGACCGGGACGGCCACAAGGCCACGGACCUGCUCUACCCCGACCCCGACAUGGCUGACAUUGUCAACCGCACCGGCCACCAGCUUGACGACAUGCUCAAGAGCUGCAACUUCAGCGGCGAGAACUGCUCCUCCCGUGAUUUCACUGUGGUCUACACACGCUACGGUAAGUGUUACACCUUCAACGGGGACCGGAGGAACCCACGGGUAACUCGCCAGGGCGGCAUGGGCAACGGGCUGGAGAUCAUGCUGGACAUCCAGCAGGAAGAGUACCUGCCCAUCUGGAGAGAGACCAACGAGACAUCGUUCGAAGCUGGCAUCCGGGUCCAGAUCCACAGCCAGGACGAGCCACCCUAUAUCCAUCAGCUUGGCUUCGGUGUCUCACCCGGCUUCCAGACCUUCGUGUCCUGCCAGGAGCAGCGGCUCACCUACCUGCCGCAGCCGUGGGGGAACUGCCGGGCCAGCGUGCAGGGGGAGCAGACGCUGCCGGGCUACGACACCUACAGCAUCGCCGCCUGCCGCCUGCAGUGCGAGAAGGAGGCCGUGGUGCGGAGCUGCCACUGCCGCAUGGUCCACAUGCCAGGCAACGAGUCCAUCUGCUCCCCCAACGUGUACAUCGAGUGUGCUGACCACACGUUGGACGCGGCGGUGGAGGACAGCCAGGAGCGCUGCAGCUGCCCCACGCCGUGCAACCUGACGCGCUACGGCAAGGAGAUCUCCAUGGUGCGCAUCCCCAACAAGGGCUCGGCACGCUACCUCGCCCGCAAGUACAACAAGAAUGAGACCUACAUUCGGGAGAACUUCCUGGUGCUGGACAUCUUCUUCGAGGCGCUCAACUACGAGGCCAUUGAACAGAAGAAAGCCUACGACCUUGCCGGGCUUCUCGGGGACAUCGGGGGACAGAUGGGCCUGUUCAUCGGUGCCAGCAUCCUCACCAUCCUGGAGAUCCUGGACUAUGUCUACGAGGUGAUCCGGGACAGGGUGAGCCGGGUCCUGCGCCGCUCCAAGCCACCCCUGAAGAAGCCCUCGGGCAGCAUCGCCACACUGGGACUGGAGGAGCUCAAGGACCAGGAUGCCCCACCACGAAGCCACCUUCAUCCCCACCAAGGCUGUGCCUGCUGCCUCCUGCUCUGCAGUGAAGAUGUUGUGGAGGAGCUGAGCGAGAAGGAGAGCAGGAUCGCAGAGCGAGCCCAGCGUGUGGUGCUGGAGCUACUGGAGGACACGCUGAGGAAGGACCAGGUCCUCAUACAAAACCUGAAGGUCCUGGUGGCGCUGGCCAGGGAGGGCAGGGGGUUGAGGACUGGGCGCAGCGCUACGCCUUUCUCACUGAGGCGCUGCUCCGGCGAAACAUCUCCCAGCUCCAGCAAGUGGCUUUCUGCUAAAACCCUUGCGAAGCCAGAUCCUAUGCCUCCGAGAAAAUAA